UCUGGCACCCUGGUUACAAUUAGCGAAAGAAAUUUACAUGUUUUUGUUUUGUUUCGUGAGUUUCGCUUUUAUGAUCGUGAAGCUGCAAUGGAGUUUUCCAUUUCUCCUCAAUCUUGCCGUGUAUGCUUAAAAAAGGGAUUUGAAGGAAAGUUGCUAAGUGAUACCUAUGCUUCAAGUUGUCCCAACGCCAAAGAAUCAAAGAGGCAGAGUUAUUUGGAUAUUUACACGUUAGUAGCCCUUGUUAAUACUCAUACUCAACAUUCCUCAAAUGGAACCAGCGCUAUUGAAACUGCAGAUGGAAACUUUUUUCCAAAAUGUAUUUGUAACAAUUGCGAAGCUCAAUUGAUUGUAGCUUAUGAGUUUAUAAAAAAAAGUAACCGUUCAGAAAAGGUUUUAUACCACAUACUAAGUUUGUAUGACGAUAAUCUUCAAGAGACGGUCAAUAAGGUUAAGGAAGAACCUUUCUCGGAACCAGUAGAAGAAUCAACUGUAGAACAUGGUAAAGAAAACUACGUUGAAACAGACGAAUAUCAAAUGAGGGUACAACAGAUCGAGCAUUUUGAUAGUGCAGCUAUUCAAGUAAUCAUGACUCCCCAAUCUGCCAAAAACGAGAUCAAGAAGAUAGAUAAUAAAGAUAAACCUAUAGAAAUGGAAGAGGCAGAAUGUGAUUUAGAAGAGUUCAUGGAUGUCCCUCAAGAAUCCGAUACGAAUGAUGAAUGUGAGGAUUUUUAUGCAACUGAAACACAAGAGCCUAAAUCCAAAACCAGCCAAUGUCUGGAUUGUGGUAAAACGGUAUACACACAUUACUUGUCUAAACACAGAGAAACUCAUAUGGACAAAGGAAUUCGACAAAAAAGCUUUGAGUGUGACCAGUGCAAGGUCCGUUUCACUCUAAAAGAAAAUUUGAGCAAACAUAAGCGCAUUCAUACUAAUGAAAAACGAUAUACCUGCCAGUUUUGUCAACAGCAAUUCUUACAUUGGGCUUCCCGCCGGUAUCACAUUGCUAGUCACCACACCGGAGAAAAACGCUACACGUGCGAGUAUUGUGGCGCAAAAUUUCGAAAUUCGUCCCACUAUUCCAUUCACAUUCGACGACACACUGGAGUAACACCGUACCCGUGUCAUCUUUGCGAUCGAAGUUUUAUAACCAGCAACAGCCUGAAACUACACAUGGCUUCGCAUAGCGAUUCGAAAAACUUCCAUUGUGAUUUGUGCAAAAAGUCAUAUAAAACAGCCAAAACGUUACGGCUUCAUCAACGUACCACACACGAGCAACAGAAAAACUACGUAUGCCCGGUAUGUAAUCGUGCCUUUUCACAAAAUCAUCUGUUGAAAACACAUCUCUUAAAAACCCAUCCCCAGUAUGAGCCGCCCCCGCCGGGAACUGUAGUAAACGUACGGGCAGUCAAAAAAAUCAAUGAACAAUUAAAGAGAACCGGUAGUGUUUGAGAUGUAAUAAAA